UUAAUGCUUUACAGCAAGGUCAUGGGGCUUAUUUGCUGGAGCAAGAUGAGAAAUCAUACGACAAUUUUAUUAUUAAUGUUGGUGCAUUGCCUCCAUCAAAAGAAUGCAUCAUUACUAUAGCCUAUGUUUCCGAAUUGGAAUUUGUUCAAGGAUCUACAAUUCAAUUUGUAGUUCCAACAACUAUUGCACCUCGUUAUGAUCCCGACAAAGGUAGUAUUUCAUCACCAGCAAAUACAAAUUCUUUGUAUGUUCAAUCAAGUUCUUACACAAUCGAAUUUUAUUGUCGUAUUGAAAAGAUCGGACAACAAAUCGCUCGAAUAAAUUCAACAUCACAUCCGAUUGAUGUUGAUAUGAAUCAAACAGAUGCUUAUAUGGUAAAAUUUAGUCAAGAAAAUACACAUUUAGAUCGAGAUAUUCGAAUUAAUAUUGAAUUGACAACAAAACAUGAUAGUACGAUUCUUGCUGUCGAAUCUGAUGCUUUAAUGGUUGCAUUUGUUCCAACUGAUAACAAUUAUUGUCAGCAAACAACAUCGAAUAGUGAAUUUAUUUUUAUUAUUGAUUGUAGUGGAUCGAUGGCAGACGAAAACAAGAUUGAACUCGUUCGAGAAGCUAUGUUAAUCUUUCUCAAAAGUCUACCAAUCAAUUGUUAUUUCAAUAUAAUUCGUUUUGGUUCUGAUUAUGAAAGUCUUUUUGAAAAACGUACUGUGAUCUAUAAUGAAGAAAAUGUUCGAAAAGCUGAAACACUCAUUGAACAAAUGAAAGCCGAUAUGGGUGGCACUGAAUUGUUGCAACCAUUGCAAUGGCUUGAACAACAAGCACCUGAUCAAGGACGAGGACGUCAAAUCUUUCUUCUGACCGAUGGAGAAAUUUCGAAUGUUUCGGAAGUGCUCGAACUAUGUCGAUCAAUGGCUUCAACUAGUCGAAUUUUUUCAUUCGGUCUAGGUCAAUCACCAAGUCGUUCUUUGGUUAAAGGUCUUGCUCGAUCGACUAAUGGUCAAUUUAUUUUUAUUUCACCAAAUACGAGUGUUGAUGCUCCUGUAUGUGAACAACUACGAAGAGCUCUUCUACCAUGUAUUACCAAUGUGCACAUCAAAUGGAAUCUUGGAGUUCAAGUUCAGAAUGUUCCACGACAAUUACCUCCGAUCUAUUUCAACGGUAGACUCAUUGCCUACGGUCUCAUUGAUGAUAAAACUAUUCCAUUCAAACAUGAUUCUUCUGUUGAACUUGAAACUCAUCCGGAUCAUCAUCAAUUAGCCAUAGCUCAAGUCAAUCGAGUACCAACUGUGAGUGACAACGGAACAAUUGCACGUCUUGCUGCUAAAGCACUCAUUCUUGAAUUACAACACGAAAAAGUCUCGUCGACAAGAUCCACGAUACAACCACAAUUACAAGCGAUGUCAUUGCCAGAAACAGAAGAAAUGAUGACGAUGAAACAGCAAAUUAUCGAAUCAUCACUCAAAUACAAUAUCUUAAGUCCAUACACCGCUUUUGUAGGUAUUGAGAAACGAAUAAAUGAAAGCAACAGUGGCAUGAUUUUACGUGAAGUACCGAUUCAAAUAUCCAUGGAUGAUCGAUAUUCACAGUUGAUCAAACCGUCAAUGCACACUAUGAUGUCACCAAGUUAUUCACCUUCCUCACCACGUUAUUCACCUUCCUCACCAUGUUAUUCGCCUACUUCACCAAGUUAUUCACCUACUUCACCAUGUUAUGCAUCUAGCUCACCACAGUACAUGUCAUCGUCGUUGAAUUUUGUAUCUUAUUCACCGAGAUAUAUAAUAAGUUCGUCAAAUAUUGAUAUAACGAUGAAUAAUGAAGUAACCUCUUCUUUGAAUUCUUCUGCCGACUUGAACGACAUGAUUAGCAAGAACUCGGCGACAACCAACGUGAAGAAAAGAAAGUACGAUGCAGAUGAAGAAUGGCCCGAUAAUGAUCAAGAUAUUGUUCGCCAUUUGAUUAAGAAACAAACAUUCGAUGGUCUCUGGAAUUUGGAUGCUGAGAGUUUUGAACAUUUGACUCGAAAAUCUCUAGCAGAAUUUCAAUCAAGACAUUCUCAAAUCGAUUGUAAAAUUCUUAUAUCGAUCAUUGUCAUCGCUGUAUUGGAAAAAAAUUUCAAAGCUUUUGAAUUAUUGUGGUAUGCCGUUGUACAAAAAGCUCGUAAACAUCUCGCCGAUCUGCUCAACAAUCAAUCGAAAGAUUUCAAUAUAUUGCUAGCUGAAAUUUUUCAAGAACUAUGA